AUGACGUCCACAGAUCCCUUCCGGGUUGUGCUGAAGUCCAGUUGCGAUUGUGUCAGAGACACCGCAGUGUCAGCGAAGUCCAUACCCUUGAUGCUCUCCAGCUGGGGGACCACGGAUUGGCAUGCCCACUCUCCAGCUCUUUCGUUGGGAGGGCAUCAAAAGAAGUUCGGCUUAAUGAGAGCACAAAAUGCAGAGAGAUUUGUCUUGCGCUUCGCGGUACGAGAUGAGGACAGCGAUUUUAUGCGUGCAGCAGACCGGGUCUACUACCCAGCUGUCUCAUGGUGUCUUGAAGGAAGCAAUGGCCUUCAAAAGUUGUUCCCUCGCAAGCAGCUGCUGGGACACGACGGCAUGAGAGUGGCAGGUGAUUUGCAGAAGCCUUGGCCCCCUCUGUUCUUGCGGCAGAAAGCUUUGGAGGAUUUUAUGCGUGCAGCAGACCGGGUCUACUACCCAGCUGUCUCCUGGUGUCUUGAAGGAAUCAAUGGACUUCAAAAGUUGUUCCCUCGCAAGCAGCUGCUGGGACACGACGGCAUGAGAGUGGCAGGUGAUUUGCAGAAGCCUUGGCCCCCUCUGUUCUUGCGGCAGAAAGCUUUGGAGGCCGCUUUGUACAAGCUAGGUGCGUGUGCGCCAACCUUCGUGUUGGGACAGAAAAGUCAUUGGUCAGAUGCGUUCCAAAGCCUGUGCGACCUGUGGCUUAGCCCCCGACUGGGAAAGCCAUUGAAAGCAUCUCUUCAAAGAUGGAUUGUCAAAAUUCUGCAAUCCCUGAACGCCUUGACCGGCACCACUGACUUCAACAGAUUCGAGGCCAUGAAGGCCAUGAAGGCCAUGGAGGCCAUGGAGGCGCGACGUGUUUUGGACAAGGAGUUUGAAGCGAGCAGACCAGGUUUGGAUCAGGGGCUCUUGCUCCGCUCGGCACAGCGCCUUGCUGCCGCCACGGCCUAUCCGCGUAGCGCAGGCUACACUACAGUGGCCUUGCAGGACAGAGUUAGCCUGCAUUUUCUGCAGUUUCAGAGGCCAGUGUGGCACACGCUGCGACAUGCGGCCUUCACCUAUGAACAUCAGGCCAUGGCACUGGCCGCCACAUCAGCAGGAGGCAAAAGCGCCUGGUCUGUGGCGAGUUCAGUGGCAAGCUUGACUGCAGAACCGAGACAGAAUCAAGUGCAGAUUGCAUUUGGCCAAGCACAGAUCAAAAAAGAUGAAUUGAUCUCCGAUGCUGCGACUCUGGAGAGCUUUCAACUGCUGAAAGCGCCGGCCGCCUCAUCAGUAAGCGUGAAUUGCAAUCGAACCGUGGGCAACGAUAGCAAGCUACAGGCACCUGCCAAGAAGAUGACUUCAGGUAAGAUUUUUUGUACCCGAGUGACAGCUGCUGAUAUGGACAUGUGUUUUACUGAGUCCCGAAAAGCUGCCAUAGCGGGGCGAAAGGUUUGGCGAAAGGUUGGUUUCCGGAGCUUCCGAAGCACCCGUUUUGGCGAGAAAUCUGCGAAAGGUUCGCGGAAGAUUCGUGGAAGGUUCGCGAAAGGCCAAGUCACACUGGACAUGUGCGAGCUUUUGCGGAGGAGGGUUUGCCUUGGCAAAGCUAAGGCGAAGUCGCCGCGCAUGCAGACUGUCCAGACAUGCUCAGGAGACCGCUACUUUGCCAGUUCUUCAGAGGCUUCAACGCUCCCUGAGGUUCUACUCAGCGAUAAUUCCAGUGCUGGGUCAGUACACUUUCCGGCCUUGGCUGCACAGCUUAGGUGCGGCGUAGCACGUUGCGUAUCGUAUGUGGCUUGUUGGCGCAUUGAAAAGAGAAGCGGUGAAGAAUUGGUGGAAGAAAUGGACGACUGGGGUUCAAAGAGGUUGCAAGAGGCUUUGUUGGAUUUGGGCGGCUUCUACGUUAAAACUGGCCAGGUGCUCUCUACGCGGGUGGAUUUAUUCUCCAAGCCGUACACUGAUCGGCUACGUAUUUUGCAGGACAGUUUGCCACCAGUCGACGCUCAAUCCAUUCGGAAGAUCAUCUCUGAGGAGCUCUGUGGUGGCGGAGAUUUGUCUGAGCUUUUGCGUGAAUUGGAUGAUGAACCGCUGGGUACAGCAUCCAUUGCGCAGGUUCAUCGAGGCGUACUCAACGAUGGGCGGGAGGUCGCUGUCAAAGUCCUGAGACCCAACAUGGAACCAGUGCUACGAGGUGACAUUGCCAACCUCAAGGUGUUUGCCCUCACACUGCGAGGGAGGCUCCCAGUGGAUUACUACCCGGUCUUUUGUGAGUUGGAACGGGCUCUAGAUGGCGAACUGGACUUCCUGAACGAAGCCCAAAGCGCCCAGAAGGUCGCAGCUUCUGUCCGCCAUGAUCCUUUAGGACAAGAGCUUGAUGCUCCUUUGGUGGUUCCGCUUCCCAUUCCGGGCAUGGCAACACGCAAGGUCCUAGUGAUGGACUUCGUCAAGGGCACUCCGCUCUCCAAAUUGGAAGAGCGUGCAAAGGAACUUGGAAUUGAGUUGGACAGCACUGCUGGCCAGGAGCCUUUUGGGCAACAGUGUCCAAUGGCGGCCCUUUCCCAAGCAAUUGACAUGGAGGGCGCGAAAUUCUCUAUGAUCAACAGCAUGCGGAGUGGCAAUGUGAUGUGGGACACUGUGAUUGCAAUGCUUAUUCCUCUUGCCUUCAAGCUGAUCUUCGAUUCAACUUCCAGCCUGCAGCCCCAGUUGGAAAAGCUGAGCACCAAACUGAAGACAUGUUGCAGGAGAUUACCACCAGAGUACUACGAGCGCACCAUAGAGGUGAAGCAGAUGCGGCGGAGUGAUGGUUAUUUGUACACCCCUGGCGAUGAUCGAUCUGUGGUGCUGUUGCGUGCCUUGAAUCAGUACAUCGCGGAGAAAAAGGUCCCAUACAAUGCUGCCUCCAUGAGCCUCGAGGAUCACUACAUGGAAGUCGAGGUUAGCAGUGUUGAUGACGAUGACGAAGAUGAUCCGGAGAAGCAUACCGAAAUUGGUUACCUGAAGACCUACUACCGAAUAAGACAAAAGCCACCAGAGGAGAAAUGGAUUGAAAUCGAGAAAGACUUGAAGUUCUUUUUGGCUGUGGAGGAUGAAAAACGCCAAGUGGACAAAGAUACCGCACAUAUCCCACAACCAGUGACCACCAAGAUGACCCUGAAGGGUUUAAGUGAGAAGAAGGUCUUGGACUUUAUCGAUAAGGCGUACAAAUGGUACUUGGAUCAGCAGAGCAAGAUGCAAUCCAAAACAAAAAUACGAUACAUGUACGAAAUGAUUCCGGCUAAAGCUGAAGAGGAGAAGAGAAGCUUUCGCAGAUACAAACUGUCAGGGGAAAAAACCUUCCAGAGCCUCUUUUUUCCUGAGAAGGAUUCACUGGUACAGCUCCUUGAUCACUUCAUGCAUCGGACUGGCAAGUAUGGGAUACCUGGAUAUCCUCACAAACUUGGUCUCCUGCUGUAUGGUCCUCCUGGAACUGGAAAGACCUCAAUGAUCAAGGUGCUGGCACAGCACACUGACCGCUCCAUUGUGAACGUGCCACUUGCAAGAUUGAAGACCAAUACAGAGCUGAUGCAACUGAUCUUUGAUCAGAAAUAUACAGUUGAGAGCAUCGAAUCUGCCAUUCGCCUCAGAAUAAAAGAUGUCAUCUUUGUGAUGGAGGACGUGGAUGCGGCGUCGAAGGUGGUCCAUCGCAGAGAUGAGCAAUCCGAAACCAAAGUGGAGGAUCUCAUGAGCAUGCAGAACUUAGAUCGGAUUGAACGGCUGCAAAAGUUAGAGAGGUUGGCCGACUCCCUUGAAGAGAAAGAGAAGGAAAAAGCGAAGCAGGGCUCAGCUGAGGCUCCUCCAAAGUCUGCAGAGGGCGACGGGGCUACGAAGUCUGCAGAUGCAACCAGAAAAGUGGAUUCGAAGUUGCUUCAAGACAUGCUGGAUGUCAUUCACGAAAAAAAGAGUGGACCUAUCUGGGGCCCUAUGGGACCCCAUGGCGAGUCGAUGGAUAGCGCAGACACUUUGAACCUGGCUGGCAUCCUGAACACACUGGAUGGUGUUGUUGACACACCCGGGCGCUUGCUGGUGAUGACCAGCAAUCAUCCAGAGAAAUUGGAUCCGGCCUUGAUCAGACCUGGCCGUAUCGAUAAGAUGUUCCAUUUGAACUACAUGGUGGGUGAGCAGGCCUGCAAAAUGAUUGCCCACUACUUCCAGCAGGAGCUGGAUUUGGAGAUGGCAGCGCGUAUUUGCUUGCUACUGGACGGAAAUGACCAGGCCAAGGCAUUAGAGAUUACUCCUGCGCGCUUAGAGCAACUGUGUGCGGAGCACGACAAACCGGAGGACCUUUGUACUGCGCUUCAGGAGCUGACGGUGCCACAGAAGGUGACUUGUGUGCGAGUGGACAGCGUCAAUGUGGAGAAAACCCUACAACUACAACGGACGUCAACGGCUCCACCGAUUAUUGCAGCGGAUCAGACUACCAAACGCUGGUAG